AUGGACGACGAGCUGCUCUCCCCGUGCUCCUCCUUCUUCCCGGUCUCGCCGCCGUCCGGGCAGUUCGAGCACCACCACCACCAGUUUAUCCAGUUCGCCUCCUGCGAGGUUCCCGAGCAAUGGCUGCUCGGCGACGUCGCCGUGCCGGCCAAGAGCGAGGACGCGGGGGACCUGUGGCCCGCGGGGUCCCUGCUGUCCACGGACUCCGAGAUCUCGGAGCUGCCGGCGGCGAGCCUCCCUGCCUCCACGGAGUCGACGCCGCGGCCGGCGGCGGCCAAGCAGCGUGGGAGGAAGCCCGGGCCACGCCCCGAGGGGCCCACAGUCAGUCACGUGGAGGCCGAGAGGCAGCGCCGCGACAAACUGAACCGCCGCUUCUGCGACCUCCGCGCUGCUGUCCCCACCGUGUCCCGCAUGGACAAGGCCUCCCUCCUCGCCGACGCCGCCGCAUACAUCGCCGAGCUGCGCGCCCGUGUGGCCCGGCUCGAGGACGAGAGCAAGCAGGCGGCCGCCGCGAGGUGGGACACUAACUCGGGCUCCCUCGGCGGUGGCGGCGCCUCCUUCCAGCACUUUCUAGCCGGCGACGAGACGGUGGAGGUGCGAAUGGUGGGACGGGAGGCGGCGGCGCUGCGCGUGACGACGGCAGCGGGGUCCGCCCCGUACGCGCCGGCGAGACUGAUGAGCCCGCUCCGCUCGCUUGAGAUGCAGGUGCAGCACGCGUGCGUGAGCCGCGUGCAGGGCGCGACGGUGCAGGACGUCGUGGUGGACGUGCCCGCCGCGCUGCAGCACGAUGACGGCGCCGCCCUCCGCUCCGCGCUGCUCCAGCGGCUACGCGACAGCGCCUAG